CUUUGUGUGUGUGCGUGUGUGUAGUAGUAGUGUUACCUCUGGGGCUCGUAGUGUAGCGAUCCCGAUGAAAAGUAGUUUAUUUGCAUGGAGCGACGCAGCUCGUUCGCGGUGAUAAACGCGUAAAACAAGCGUUUUGUUUUUUACGCGUUGAUCAACAGCCCCCCCAGCGCGGCGGGCAGGGGAGCUGGGACCACCAAACAUCAGCCUCAGUGCGUUCAUAGUGGAGACCAGGCGAGGUAGGACGCGGAUCAGAAGAGAAGAGAACAGAGACCAAGAACACCACAGAGAACACCAAGUGACCGGGAGCUGCUCAUCCACAACCUCCUCUCGAUUCCAGGGCGCAAAGUACACUCCAUGGAUUAAGGAUCGUGUCGUAAACGCUGUGUUCGUGGAUGUUUUUCCGCUGGCUUGGAGAGGGAUGUGUGGAGGGUGAAGGAUGAUCAGAGCUGGCUGUUGGUCCGUGGGCUGACUGUUUGCUGGGAGUAACAGGGAUCGGAGAUGUUCUCUCAGUUCUUGCGGAUUUAGAGACAAGAUCCGUGCUUUGUUGUACGCGUUUGGGUUUUGGCACAUAGCGGACUCUAAUCGGACUAUGGUGUUUGGUUUGAUGAGGCUGAGGAUCGGGGGUCCCGGGGACGUGCUUCAUCACCCCUCAUCCUCAUCCUAAUGCUGUUGGUGAUCCCCACGCUGUGAUGGGAUGGGUUUAGUAUGACAACAAACUUUUUGAGGAUGAAGAAAAGGAAAUCCUUGUAGGAUAGUUUUUCUUUCGGUCUUGUUGUCACUGAAGUGUACUUUUCACGGGAUAUAGAAGCUUUUUUGAACACCUAUCGCUCUUCCAACGAGGAAUAGGAACCCCUGAAGGUCUCGGAGUGGGGGGACAUUUCCAGGACACCCUAGAAUAACAUCCGGUUUUGACACAGAUUUGCUCUGUAAUACGGAUAUUUGCAUACGGAAUUUACUCUCACAUUAGCCAGGUGUCGAGCUUGGUACUUUGGUUUGUGUGUGAGGAAACGCCAGCCCCACUACUAGGACAUGGAGGAGUGGAGGCAAUGCGGGCGCUGGUUGAUCGACUGCAAGGUCCUACCGCCCAACCACCGGGUCGUAUGGCCCUCGGCCGCCGUCUUCGACCUGGCCCAGGCGCUCCGGGACGGGGUGCUGCUGUGCCAGAUGCUGCACAACCUCUCCCCGGGUUCCGUGGACCUAAAGGAGAUCAACUUCAGACCUCAGAUGUCACAGUUCCUUUGUCUGAAGAACAUCCGGACUUUUCUGAAAGUCUGUCACGACAAGUUUGGCCUGCGCAACAGCGAGCUGUUUGACCCCUUUGACCUCUUCGACGUCCGGGACUUCGGCAAGGUGAUCUCGUCUCUGUCAAGGAUUUCCCGCCACAGCAUCGCACAGAUCAAAGGGAUAAGGCCCUUUCCAUCGGAGGACACGGCUCUGAAUGAAGAUGAUGUGUACCGAAGUCUUGAGGAGCUGGCAGACGAGCACGACCUGGGUGAGGAUGACAUCUACGACUGCGUGCCGUGCGAGGACGACGGAGACGACAUCUACGAGGACAUCAUCAAGGUGGAGGUCCGCCAGCCCAUGAUCAGAUAUAUGCAGAAGAUGGGCAUGAGUGAGGACGACAAGAGGAACUGCUGUCUAGUGGAGAUCCAGGAGACCGAGGCCAAGUACUACAAGACCUUGGAGGACAUCGAGAAGAACUACAUGAUACCCCUGAAGCAGGUGUUCACUGUCCACGAGAUGGAGGCCAUCUUCGUCAACUUGGAGGAUGUGAUCAAGGUGCACUUUACUCUGCUGAGGGCCAUCGACCUCAACAUGGUGGGAGGAGGGAACGGCCUGGGGAACAUCUUCCUGGACUUCAAGGAGAGGUUGUUGAUCUACGGUCAGUACUGCAGCCACAUGGAGACGGCUCAGAAGACACUGGACGACCUCAUCGCCACGCGGGAGGAGGUUAAGGUUAAAGUUGAGGAGUGCACAAUGAAGGUGCAGGAAGGGAAGUUCAAGCUGCAGGAUCUUCUGGUGGUUCCAAUGCAGAGGGUCCUGAAAUACCAUCUACUGCUGAAGGAACUCCUGAGUCACUCUGCAGAGAGACCGGAGAGACAGCAGCUGAAAGAAGCCCUGGAGGCCAUGCAGGACCUGGCGAUGUACAUCAACGAAGUGAAGCGAGACAACGAGACACUGAAGAAAAUUAGUGAAUUCCAAAGUUCCAUCGAAAACCUUCAGGUCAAACUGGAGGAGUACGGCAGGCCAAAGAUCGACGGAGAACUCAAAGUGUCCUCUAUCAUCAACAGAACUAAACAGGACCGGUACAUCUUCUUGUUUGACAAGGUGGUGAUCGUGUGCAAGAGAAAGGGCUACAGCUAUGAGCUCAAGGAGAUCAUUGAGCUUCAGUCCUACAAAAUGUCAGACGACCUCAUGAACAACAGGGAUAUGAAGAAGUCGAGUGGAAAAAUGUGGUCGUACGGCUUCUACCUGAUCCACCUGCAAGGCAAGCAGGGCUUCCAGUUCUUCUGCAAGACGGAGGAGACCAAGAGGAAGUGGAUGGAGCAGUUUGAAAUGGCCAUGUCCAACAUCAAGCCUGAGAGAGCCACAGCCAAUCAUCACAACUUCCAGAUGCACACCUUUGAUAAGAACACCAACUGCCGUGCCUGCAAGAUGUUGUUAAGGGGCAUCUUCUACCAGGGCUAUUUCUGUGCACAUUGUGGCACAGGUGCACACAAGGAGUGCCUGGAAGUUAUCACCAUCUGUAAAAUCAAUCCCCAUGAUCUGGAAGCUGGGAUGUCGUUGGGUCCUAAGAUGGUGGCGGUGCGGAACUACCACGGCACGCCCGCGCCCCCGGGGAAGCCCCCGCUGGCCCUCCAGACCGGGGACUUCAUCGAGCUGCUGAAGGGGGAGCCUGAGACCUCCUGGUGGGAGGGUAAAAUCCUCCAGACACACAAGAGCGGCUUUUUCCCCAGUACAUGCGUCAAGCCAUGUUUGGACCCCAAGCCAUUCCAGUCGUGUCCUAGUCGACAGUCGUCAAGGGAGACGGACUACUAUGGUUACCCUUGGUUUGCUGGGAACAUGGAGCGGCAGCAGGCAGACAACCUGCUGAAGUCCCACAUCAGCGGGACCUACUUGAUCAGGGAGCGCACUGCCGAGGCGGAACGCUUCGCCAUUAGCAUCAAGUUCAACGAUGAAGUGAAGCACAUCAAGGUCAUUGAGAAGGACAGUUGGAUUCACAUCACAGAGGCCAAGAAAUUUGAAAGUCUUCUGGAGUUAGUGGAGUACUACCAGGCCCACUCCCUGAAGGAGAGCUUCAAGCUGCUGGACACGACGUUACGCUAUCCCUACAAGUCCAAAGAACGUUCCCUAACCCGGACCAGCACCCGCUCUCCAGCCUCAUGCGCCUCCUACAACUUCUCCUUCCUCAGCCCGCAAGGUCUCAACUUCUCCUCUUCUCAGAGCUCAGCUCCCUUUUGGUCAGUGUUCACGCCGCGGGUGGUGAACACGGCGGUGGCCAGGUAUAACUUUGCGGCGCGGGACAUGAGGGAGCUGUCGCUUCGGGAGGGGGACAUCGUCAAGAUCUACAGCAAGAUCGGCGGAGACCAGGGCUGGUGGAAGGGAGAGGCCAACGGCAGAAUCGGAUGGUUUCCCUCCACCUAUGUGGAUGAAGAGGCUGUGCAGUAGGACCCAAAUGCUGUCAACUCCCCCCCCCCCCCCCCCCUUCCCUCCGUUGGACCCCCACCUCGUUAGACAGGCCAAGGAGGUCCGCCCAGGAAACUCAACUCAAUGGAUAAAAAAAGAGAAAAGGCAACUUUUUUUUGCUGGAUACUCCUUUAAAUGCAGUGAGCGUUUCUACCAAAUUGUUUUGUGAGUCGGCUUCGCUUUUUUUCAAAUUUUGUAUUUUUUUUGUUAUGAUGUCACUUCUGUGCACAGAGGGAGGGCGGGACCACCGUCUGCCGUCCUCUGUGUCGCGCCGUGGCUUUAUGGAACGCUAUUGAACAUAAUAUAGAGCUGCAGGGUUCUUUUACGUUGACAAAGGCUGCCCCUCGUUGCAGGUCUAUGCUUGGAGAAUUAAAUGUACAGUAUAGAUAAUUUAUUGAAUAGAGAUGCCAAUGAUUAUUGUGCUGAAGUAUAACAAAAAAUACUGAUAUUAGUAACGGCAGAUAAUCGGAUUGCAGAAAAAAUAAGAAAAAAAUAGGGUUUCUCGGUUGUCAUGGAGGACGAUUUUGCCUUAGUUGUCAUGGCGAUGCCUUGGGGGGGUAAAUCCGAUGGAUGGACAAAAAAAUACUUAUUUCUUGCAAGUACACACAAACACACACACACACACACACACACACACACACACACACACACACACACACACACACACACACACACACACACACACACACACACAUCCUGACCAAUGUACAGUACAGUGCCUUUGAAGAAUGGUCAUUGUUCUCAGAAACUCAACAUCAACUAACCAAGAACCCACUAACUUGUCACUUCCUCCUCUUCCCCUAUAAAGUCACUCCGACCCCAAUAAGACUACUGUAAAACAUCUGGAAUAAGGGGCGAGUCACUUAUCAACCAAUGUCAGCUUCACUUCCAAGGGAAAAACCCCCUGGAAAACAAGAUAGAAGAUCUUGUCGGAGUACUAAAUGUAACUGGAGUGGACAACCAUAGACAGAGAACGGUUGCUGAGAUUAAAACAUGGAGGGACGGUGUUAUGAGUCAACAACGGUAUGUGGUUCACAUCGGGCCUGGUGUUGGUUUUCAUCUGGACUGGAGCAGUUUUCACCGACUUAUAACUCAUACCAUGCCACUCUUUCAAAUGUAGAUGCUCUUGUUUUUCAGUUUUUGCUUUGCACAGAAUCUAAAUGUGUUUGUUGAUUAUACAAAAGAAGAAAAAGAAGGGUACAAAAAUACUGGACUGUCUCAAACUCUCUCAAGCCAAAUUCAUUUUUUUUAGUUUUCUGCAUGGAAUUCUGUCUUUCUAGUUUGUUCCUUUAAUUACAGACCAUCAGAGCUGCUGGUGGUGGUGGUGGUGGUUGUGGGAUGACAUUAAUCAUGUUCAUUGUGUGAUUGAGUUUUUUUUGGCACCUUGUGGACUGGUGGAAACCAGUGUUAUUUAAACAUGAAGUUACAACACUGUCUGUGAACUAGUUAACUGCCCAUGAGGCAGAAGUACCCACUGUGGUUUGGUGGAUAUUCAGCAGUAAACAUCUUUGUGUAUCCGUUCUUUUUCUUCUCCAGUAUUUUUCAAAGUGCCGUCAAAGUUUCCGUCUCGGUCUGUUCUGAUGUCGGGGUGCUUCUCCCACUUCUCUGUUAAGUAGUACACAGACCGUGGUUUCUGAUGUCAUUUUCAAAGCUUGUUUACAGGUUUUCUUGUUGUUGGGAAAUGUAGUAAAACAUGACAUGAAACAGUACAUCGAUUAAUUCAUGUCCAGUUAGAGAUAUUGGUCAAACCAACUGCUAAAAGGAUUAAUUUAUUGAAUUCAACCGUAUUCUUAAUCUUAAAACGACUGUAUGUUGUUGAAGUUGAACAGUCCUAUAAGGGUCAGACUGUCGCUGUUCAUGGGGAGGAAAUAUAAGUGCAGCAUUUUCUAAUGAAACCUUUCAACUAAAAAAGUAAUUAUGUUAAUGUGUAAAAUGUAGUGUUCACAGAGUCAAAGCGAAGUCACAACUUUUUAAAAGACAAAAAAUUCCCAUACAAUGUUCAUUUGAAGAUGCUCCUCGAGAGCUCAAAAGUUUAUUACAGACGAAAAAUGUACUAACCCUUCUCAUCCCCCCACUACGCCAAAUAACAGCCAGUGGAGCAAGCAAAACCAUAACCUGAAAACCAUUACACUGACUGUUCACCAAGACUGAUGGACCUGAAGAAGGCGAUGGUCGUGAUGAUAUACUAAGCCUCUUGGACUGUCUUACAAUCUUAUGUUCCAAAUGCCAACUGCCCCUCGAUCACGAAUCAUACCACCUUGUCUUGUUUCAGAGAAAGCUUUGAGAGCUUUGGACGGUGGAACACUGUAGUAGGCCUCCAUGUAAUCUCAGAGAGAGACGGGGGGGGGGGGGGGGGGGGGGGGUUGUCUCUGUUUGUGUCGUGGAUGGAGAACAAGGAGACCAUCGCAUGUGGCCGUUGAUAUUUCAACUCCUGUCAGUACAUCCUCAUGAAAACGUGGAAAAAAAGAUAACUUAAUUGUGUACAUUUUUUUGAAUGGUUGAGUAUUUCAAAAAUGACGUCUAUGAUGAAAUAAAUAUUUCUCUUUUUUGUCUAUA